AUGGCCUUCUACCAAGCCGCCAUUCCUCCUCUACCGGAGUCUCUCCGCCUCGAUGGCCAAACUGCUGUUCUCACGGGAGCUACGGCUGGGAUAGGCCUCGAGCUUUCUCUCCAGCUCCUGUCUCGUGGCCUCAGGCACCUUAUUGUUGGCGUUCGUGACGUCCAAAAAGGGGGUGUCACCCGCCUUGAUCUUCUCUCCAACCCAAAGGUUGUGAAGAAUAACCCCAAUGCCCAAAUUACAGUGCUCAAGCUCGACCUCUCAAGCCUAGAAAGCGUUGCAAAGUUUUCCAAUGAAGUUUUGACCAUCACUUCACGCCUUGACUGCCUUAUUUUGUGCGCUGGAAUCAACACUGCGCACUUCGAACAGACUAGCGACGGAAAUGAGCGGUGUUUUCAAGUCAAUGUUUUAUCAAACUUCUUGAUCCAGAUGCUUCUUCUGCCAUUAGUGCAAUCGACUGCUCGGGAGUAUUAUGAUGCUUCAUCCCCACAACAGCCUCCCACUAUCACAUGGGUUGGGUCCAUGGGACAAGCUUUUCAUACUCCCGCUCUAGGGAGCGACAAUGGGGAUCAAGGUACCAUUCUUCAGGCCUAUGCGUCUAAAGAACGUUAUUCUGGUAUCAGAAGAUACCCAGAUACCAAGCUUUUCGUGUCCAUGAUUAGCCAGGAGUUGGCCUCCCGCAUCCCAGAAAAUGAAGUCAUUGUUGACAACGUGUGCCCUGGAACAGUGAAGACAGGGGCGGAUAAUAAUCUUCCAUUCUACCUACGAAUCCCAAUGAACUUCAAUCGUUUUCUGAGAGGUCGUAGUGUGGAAGAUGGUGCUCGCGCAGUUUUCUGGGCAGCGAGAGGCGGCCUUCACAAAGACCAGCCCAACGGCUUCUAUGUCGCGGACAACCAUCCUCAAGAGCCCUCUGUUUAUAUCAAUACGCCAGAGGGACAGAAGUUUGCUAAAAAGCUAUGGGAUGAGCUCAUCCUAGAGGGCAGAAAAUGGGAUACUAAAGUAGGCAACGGAUUGGUAGCAUAA